AUGAUCUUUGUUUCCAAGCAAUGGGAAGGUGUAUGGUUUUCAGAUCCGAUAUUAGAUUUCGACGAGAGUAUUGGCAAUUACUAUGGCCAUGCCCAGCAUGAAAAGUUUGUCAAGUUCAUCAACAACAUCUUGAAAAGGUAUUUGAAAUUUUGUGAUGAUCAAGAACUUAAACUCUUAGCAGUUAAAAAAUUCAGGCUUUGCAUGAGGAGGUACUUAUCCAGCGACGCUCCUAACGUAGAUAAAUGGUUGAGUUUGCUAUUUGAGAGAAGCAUCGAGGAGUUAGAUAUCAGCCUAAUUAGUGGAAUAACUGGUGAUUUGGAAAACUAUUCUGUGUCGCAUACGACGCUUGUUAAUGCAAAAUCUUUAACUAGUCUGAAUUUGGAGUGUGUGACUAUAAAGAACAUGGAUGGAUAUUAUUCCUAUACUUAUGAAGUCAAGAAGAGGACGAUGGUUCCUAGAGCUGAUGAUCUUGUAUCUAAAUGCCUUCUUCCCUCUUUGAAAACAAUGUCCCUCAAAACUGUGCAAUUCGACCAUGGUGCUCUCUUUCCCCUAAUUUGGGAGUGCCCUGUCAUCGAAUUUCUAUCAUUAACUUCAUGUUCUUUUGAAAAUUGCAGAGAUUAUUGCCAGCAUCUCUUUAGUUCGAGUCUCAAAUUCUUGAAUAUUGAUAAAUGCAAUUUCAUCGGUCUACGCAUUGGUGAAGCUGUAAAUCUUGAAUCUUUUCGAUUGGUUUCACCAUUGCUUGAGGAUUUGGUGUUGGACAAUUGUGUCAAGUUGAAAGACAUGAAUAUUGAAAAUACUAGAUGGAACCAAUAUUAG